GUUAUAGUGCAACUUUCCUUCAUUUCAUACGUCCUAAACUUGGUCUGUUUCAGUAGUUUUCCUUUCUCUCCUUAAUGGAAAAGAACCAAGAGAAUUGCUGUGAGAAGUUGUUUAGGAAAAUGUGUUGCUUUCCGACCAAGCAGUGGGGAUCCUCACCCCCCAGUCCUAAGAACAGAGAAGAAGAAGUUGUUCCCGUUGAGUUUGACUACACAUCCCAGUUCCAGCAGAAAGCAAGCCCCCGGAAAAAUGGAAAACUCCGACAGGUUCAUCAACCCCAGAUGACCGAGCAGGGAAAUGGACAGCCUGAAGAGCUACCGUCCCAUAUUCUGGUACCGGAAAACCCAAAGGCAGCAGAACAGACAACAGCACAAAAUAUUGAGAAUCAAUUCACUGAUUAUAUUAAUCGUUCAAAGGAUAAGAUCAAAAAAAUGUCAAGUAUGGGAGAGGGAAGCAGUUCUGGGGGAGCAAACAAUCAGGGUGGAAAAGAAUCAAAGGACAAUCAAUUUUCAGAGUACAUCAAGCGGGCAGGGAAGAAGAUCAGAACUACUUCCGGCAUCAAGGACAGGAUGGAGUAAAGCAGAAACAUGACUAAAUAAGAGCAGGUUGGGUUGGAUUAUUAUUUCGUCUUCUUCCAAGAUUUGAUGAAUAAGGAUUUGUUCUUUUUUGUUUGUUUCUUUGUGAUUGUACCAAUUAGUACUUCAUUUUACAUUGCUGCCAUAAAAACCAACCAUGUACAAAUAUUACAAACAUGUGGUUCCAUUUGGGAUGCGCCAUGUUAUUGAUUGUGUAGUACAUUUUGUAUCUUAUGCAUUUUGAAAAUAAAAAUAUUUUAUUGAU